AUGCCUCCACUCCACACGUCUCUCUCGCUCUCUCCGCAUGUGUUUCAGCCGUCUCGCCAGCAACCUUCUCAGUGGCACUCUGCCAAGCACACUGGGGUGUCUCAAGAACUUGCAGUCGCUGUCCGUCCCAGCCAAUCAGCUCUCAGGACCGGUCCCAGGGUGGCUCGGAAACCUCAAGCAGUUACAAGUGCUGUAAGCAUGACACUUAGCUAA